UAUAAGUUAAAACUUCUUAUAAGCAGUUUUGAUCAGUUUAUAAGCAUAGAGAGGCACCAGCUUAAAUAAUACUGAAAUAAACGUCUCUUCCCAAUAUAGUACCUAAAAAUAUUUUGCUUAAUAGUACUUGAACAAUAUCCAAUGACGACGAUAGACAUUUACUUUGAACAAUGUUCAGUGGCAGUAAAUAUUUAUUUGAACAAUGUCUAGUGGAAAUUGAAUAAUGCGUUCAGCUUUGAUUAGAUUGGUUGCUUCGCCGAGUGCGCUGGGCAACUCUGUUUGCGUUCGAAGAAUCAGUCACUGCAAUUCCUCACCAAGUCGCAUCAGCCCAUCGGAUCAAAAGAUCUCAUCACGCGCCCGAUGGCUUCUCGCGAUCCAGAGAAGUUGAUCGCGAAGGCGGAUAAACUAACAAGACUAACUUUGACGAGGUGGACUCCUGAUUGGGCGGGUGCUACUAGGUUGUAUGAGGAUGCAGCAAAUGGAUUUAGGAAAGACAAGAAUUAUGAGCAAGCAAAAGCAGCAUUUGAGAAAGCUUCAGAAGGAGAAGAAAAGCUAUCAUCCCCUUGGGAUGCUGCCAAACAUAUGCAAUCUGCUGCUAGCAUGGCAAAGGAGUUGCGAGCUUGGCGUGAAGUUGCGGACUUAUAUAGACGGGCAUCUGUUCUCUACAUUGAGUGUGGAAGGGCACAACCUGCAUCUGAUGCUCUUGCUGCAGGUGCACGUGCUCUAGAAGAAGAGGUCCCUGAUGAAGCUGUUCAACUAUACACCGAAGCUUGUGCUGUUUUGGAAGAGGACGAGAAGGAGCUAAUGGCAUUCGAUCUCUAUCGUUGUGCUGCAAUGGUUUAUAUAAAGCUUGAGAAGUAUGCAGAUGCUGCAGCUAUUUAUUUGAGAUUGGCCUUGGCAGCUAAUAAGUGUAAUGCAACUCACAGCCAAUGCAAGGCGUCAGUGCAAUUAUUGUCCACCUAUAUGCUCAUGACUUCAAGGAAGCUGAAAAGUGCUAUAAUGAUUGUUGUCAGGUUCAAAGCUUUCUGAAUAGUGAUCAGCAACACUGUGCCAGUAAGUUUCUCUCUGCGUACAUGGAAGACGAUGAAGAAGAAAUCAAGCGUAUUGGCCAGUCAAGUAUAGUUUCGAAUCUUGAUAACGCGAUUGUUAAACUCGCAAGGAAACUGCCUACUGGGGAUGUAAGUUCAUUCAAACACGAAACGACAAAGGGGAAUGAAGAGCCACUUGAUGAGGAUGAUCUUACCUAGUGAUUUCUGUGUCAUUCACACAUUUUAUUUUCUGGUCUGAGGUACGUGAAUGAUGUGAUAGAUCAUACAUAUGAAAUGAUCAAGCACUUCACAACUAAACACACACGUAUAUACUUGCAUCCUUCUCAAUGUCGUGCACUUGUGCUUACUGUCGAGGUUUUGACUCCGCCACGGUCAUAUAAUAAAACAUGGAUUUCUGU